AUGGACAUCGACACGGAGAAUACGUCUGCUCGACCUGUCUUCAGCAGUUCAACAUCGAACCCAGAGUCUAAUCAAACAAACAGUCAUUUUAUUAUCGCCGAAUGUCGUAGAAACACUGAUGUUUCGACAAAUCAAAAUAUUACAAAUAAUCAAGAAACCUCCGAGGAGUCAGACGCGGAAGAAAAAUUGCUCGCCGUUUAUUGUAGAGGAGGAAAAUUAGGCGCAGCUUAUCACACAAUUCAGACAGGAGAAUUAUUCAUACUCGAUGAAAUAGUUGAUCGCCCACCGGAGUACCAGAUGUUUCUGAACCUGUUUAGACAAGUGGAUCCUUCUCGUAUUCUUUUGGAGGGCAAAGCGCAAGGCUCCUUCGUGCAGACAGUCAAGAAGACAGUAUUCGGUAACAGCGACGAUGAAGCUACGUGUAAACUCAUUUUUAUAUCAUCUCGGGAAUACACGUGCAAGAGACGCAUCCACUCACUCUCUCUCCCUUAUGAACCCAACAAUUGUUCUGAAGAAGAGCGUAGUCUAUUCCUUCGCACCGUGGUAGACUUCAGUCAGACACAGAGCGUACAUGCCCUUGGUGCGUUGCUGCGGUACCUAGAUUUGAACUGGUCAGCUAUAAUAAUGGAUCUUCAUAGCAAGCCAGAAUACAUGAGUCUCAAGAAGAUUUCUUUAGCUGACAUACUGACCAUUGACGAAGACACAUACCGCGGUCUACAAAUAUUCAGUCCAGUUUCGCACCCGAGUGGCUUCAAACGAGGCGCACGAGGCACCAGCCGUGAGGGUCUCAGCCUCUACCAGAUGUUCAAGAGAUGCUCCUCCAGGAUCGGUCAAGCUAGAAUGAGAGUGCUCAUGCAGCAUCCCACCACAGACAUAGAAAUAUUGACCCGACGACAGGAAGUGGUGGCGUUCUUUAUGCGACCACAGAGCGAUGUCGUCUCCAGGAAUAUCUGUUCAUCUUUACGCUACAUUAGAAAUGUCAAUAUGGCGUUGUAUAUGAACAGAAUUAUAGACUUCGAUCUCACCAAGUCCGAAGGGAAAUUCACCGUCAAAGCUGGAGUGGACCCCGAACUUGAUAGAAAGAAACAAACGAUGGCGAGUCUCCACGGACUGAUGUCGGAAACUGCGAAAAUUGAAUUGGAAAGGUUACCGGAAUUCGUCGAGGAAUGUACCAUGCUUUAUAUGCCUCACCUCGGCUACCUGCUUGGAGUACGAGCCUGGCCGAAUAUGGUGCCAGGACAGAAAGAGUUACCUGGCAUGAAAUUCAUGGCAACAGAAGUGCUAGAUGUUCAUAAUAUAACAACUGUUCCAGAGCUUGACGUGAUGAUAGGUGACGCAUAUCCGGAGAUAGUGGCUCACGAGACACGUAUUAUGAUGCGGCUAACCACCAUAGUACUACAAAAUCUAAAUACCCUGGCUGGACUUGUAGAUAAAUGCACAGAAUUAGACUGCCUUAUAGCAAUAUCGAAAGUAUCCAAGGAAUUUGGCUUUAUACAACCAACGUUAGUAUCUGACAAAGUACUAAGCAUCAAACAGGGUCGCCAUCCCCUGGCUGCGGCUACUUGCGAAGCGUUCGUGCCAAACGAUACUGACAGCAGCCUGGAAACUGGAUUCGUCAAAAUUCUCACCGGACCAAACUCCAGCGGGAAAUCUGUCUACAUGAAACAAAUCGCCCACAUAGGCAGCUUUGUGCCAGCAGAGCGCGCCACCAUCGGUGUGGUCUCUCAUAUCUAUACCAGAAUACACUCCACUGAAUGCGUUGCUGCACAUAUGUCGGCUUUCCUCAUUGACCUGCGUCAGAUGGCACUAGCGCUUCAAGAAUCUACAUCCAACUCCUUGAUUAUAAUCGACGAAUUCGGAAAAGGCACAUCCGAAGUAGACGGCCUAUCCCUCUUAGCCGCUUGUCUCAAUACAUUCUUGUACCAAGGAGAACAGUGUCCUCAUCUGUUCGUCUCGACACACUUCUUAGAAAUACAGAAAUUUAUAAUAAACACACCUAUAGCCAAAUUUUUGAGAUUUGAACAUACCCUCCAAGAUGGUGAACCAGUAUUUCUAUUUCGCUUAGUGGAAGGUAUUGCAGAGAGCAGUUUCGCUCAUCAAGUGGCCGAAGCCAGCGGUAUAACACCCAAUGUGGUGCAACGUGCUCAGCAAGUGUUCGACUGUGUUAAGAACAAUAAACUACCACCGGAAAAUAAGAAAAUAACAACAAAAUUGCAGAGCUUCAUCGAAAUAAUAAAGAACGAACUACUAUCAGAAGACAUUUAA